UCUCAUUCUCUCUGUCUCUUAGUGUUUGAUAACAGGAGUUCCAUGUUGUGUCUGUUUCCUCCUCAGCCAUGUACUGGUAUAACUAUGAGAAGGGGAAGGCGUGGCUGUGUAAGCACAACAACAUCAGAGAGCCAACGUUUGCCAUCACCUUCAUAUCCGGAGCGGUGUCAGGAUCAAUCGCUUCCAUAGUAACUCUUCCCUUCGACGUCGUGAAGACCAGGAGGCAGGUGGAGAUAGGGGAACUCCAGGCUAUGAAUUUGUCGUCCAAGGCCUCCUCCUCCACUCUCAGUGUGAUGACCAAGAUUGUGGCUGAGAACGGCGUGGGUGGACUGUUUGUAGGUAGGUCAGGCUACAGGGAUAGUUCACCCAAAACACACAGUUACCUCAGGUUAGUCUCCUAACUGGUGACCUACUUU